AUGUGGAAUGCAAGCCUUGACUGGGAUGACCCACUAAGUGAUGGACUUGUCAUGAAGGCCGAGAAGUGGUUAAAGGAGUUAACAGAGCUAUCACUUAUUGCAGUACCGAGAUGUCUUCGUUUAUGUCAUGGUGAAUUUGUAUCGACUUACCUACAUACCUUUGUUGAUGCUUCACAAGAUGCGUAUGUUGCUGUCGUCUAUCAGAGAUGUAUCUAUGAGGAUGGAAAUGUGUCGGUGAGAUUCGUCACAGUAAAAUCCAAAGUGGCACCACUUACAGCUGUAAGCGUACCUAGACUGGAAUUGAUGGGUGCAGUAUUGGGAACCAGAUUGACUCUUUCUGUGAUAAGCGCCUUAGAAUUGGACAUUGAACAGUGUACAUUCUUGACUGACAGCAUGAAUGUUUUGUGUUGGAUUAAAGCUCGAAGCAGAAGUUUCAAGCCAUUCGUAGCAAAUCGCAUAGGAGAAAUACAGUCGGCCUCAUAUCCAAGGCAAUGGUUCUACGUACCAACUGAAUCAAAUCCUGCAGAUAUGAUAUCCAGGGGAGUGUCUGUUUCACAAGAAGAUAAUGUCUGGUGGAGUGGACCACACUAUCUUCAUCAGGUUGAAUCCCAAUGGCCAAAACAGAAAAUCGAAAAGCAAGACACUGAUAUGGAGAAAAAGAAGUUGAACAAGGAAGUUGUCAAUUUCUCAUAUUCAUUUUUGACAGAAACAAUUGACUGUAAAGAUAUUCAGUGUUGUUUAGACCCAGAAACCUAUUCCAAUUGGAUAAGACUUGUUCGGGUUCAAGCAUGGGUGAAUCGCUUUCUACAUAAUUGCAGACUGAAGGUCAUGGAUAGACUCGCAGGAGAACUGAAUGCUGAAGAAAUUGAAGGAGCGGAAACUCAAAUCAUAAGGACUGCCCAGAAAUGUGAGUUUCACUGUGAAUACACAUUACUGAAACAAAACAAACCUCUUGAACAGAAUAGCAAGUUAUUGUGUUUAAACCCAGUAAUUGAUGAAGAUGGACUUUUGAGAUGUGAUGGACGAUUGAAAUAUGCAGAAUUUUUACCAUAUGAUGUUAGAUAUCCCAUCAUUCUUCCGAGAAACAAUUAUGUCACAACUCUUAUUAUCAAGUACUACCAUGAAAAAGGAAAUCAUGUAACAGGAACAAAUCAUACGUUGUCCAUGAUCUCGUCACGUUUCUGGAUAAUAUCCGCAAGAGAGGAGAUUCGAAAGUGGGAGUGA